AUGGAUCGAUCUACGGUUGGUACUGUACGUACAUCGGAUACAAGUGAAGAUGAUUGGUAUGAAAGCAGUGACGCUGGAAGCUCCGAGACAAGUUCAACAUACGUGCCAUCUCCUGGUCCACAAGUAAAUACGACUCGUGAUAAUCGAUCCAUUUCAACUGUUGAAGAAGAUGAAGAGAAAGAAAAUUACUAUUUACAUACGACUUGUCAGCGCCUUGAUCGGACGGACUCGUUCUUGCCAAUGAUGGCAAUGUCAUUCUCUGGUCCAAUACCUCUUCUUGAAAGAAAAGAGAGUGAUGAAGAACAUAAUGAGAUUGAUACUAUUAUCUGUGAUCCAUCCAAACUUCCACGUACAUUGAUUGUGGAUGAAGAUGGAUUUACACUAUCUAGAGAAAGUGUCAUGGCUCGUGCAGCUAAUGUGCCACAUGGAGGUGUGAUCAAGUCAGGAUUAUUGUUCAAACAAGGUUUUGGAUUACGAGCUGGUGGCUGGAAAGUUCGUUUUGUUGUGCUCACGAGUACGAAAAUGACGUUUUUUCGAGAAGAACGUGGUCGUAAACGUGGCGAAAUUGACCUGGCUAAAUGCAGCGCCAAGAGCAUUGAAAUCAUGCCUCGUGACUCUAUCUUUGACGGCUCGCAGGCCACAAUGUGGCGAUUUGCAAUCCGUGGCAAGAGUCGACGGAUACUGCUUAGCGCGUAUACGGAGAGUGAUAUGAAGGAUUGGCUACGAUGUCUUCACGUGGCGCUGGCGGUGCAGGGCUCUGGUUUUGGACGAUACACGGACUUUGUAGUGCCAAAUGGCACGUUCCUAGCUUCGAGGAGUGGCGGACUAAUGCGGUCGUCCGGUAAUUUGUAA